CCCCAUGGAGUUCCACCCCCUGCUCCUCUGGUCACCCUCCUGAUGGAUCCCCAUGGUGCCAGGCAGGAAUGGCCUGCUAGGAGAUGCAGUAAGCCCCCAGGACCUCUCCACCACCUCCUCCACCCCUGUAUUUCGCUCGGCUCUCCAAAUUGACUCAACUCCAGACCAUAAAGAAGAUGGAGAGGCACAUGGUCAGGGAACAAUUGUAUAAGCACUUUGAUUUGGAGAGGAAGAAUGCCAAGCAGGCUGAAGCCAGACUGGACCAAAGGCUGCAGAAACUGGAGGAUAUCUGCCUCUACCAUGUGAAAUUGCUGACCUGGGAGCAGAGGCAGCUCCAAAAAGAACUGCAGAAGUUGCAGCAAGCAAAAACCAUGAAGAAAAAGUUCUCCUCUUAUUUGGGGAAUGGAAUUCAGAAGAGACCAGAAGAUGUUCUCAUGUUCUCACCACAGGGAGGGCAGCAGCACAGAGCCCCACAGGCUAAGAAAAUGAGAGCAUUGGCAACCCGUAUGACCCAAGACACAUACAAAAGCAAGUCCCAGCUGCCUCCUUCACAUGAUCCUGGCCUCAAAGACUCCAUGAAGAGCAAAGAACAGCUACUCUCUCAAAAUAACAGAACUGCCUGCUUCACGAAAGAGCAACCACAAGCCCAAGAGAAAGAUUCUGUGAAUCCACCUAAGGACGUAGACUCCAGCAAGGGCAUCUCUGUUCUAUGCCAAAAUCAAGAGGUUUCCACCAACACCAUAGAACAAGGUCCUAGUUCCAGCCCAGCUCGUAAUAGUGGAACGGCACAUGCUGAUAAGACCAGAUCAAAAGAUGUUGCUGUAAAGCCAGAUGGGAACAUUGGAAAACAAAUUCCUCCAAAUCACACGGAAUGUGCAGGAAGCUUCGAAGGCGAGUUCACGAAGCCAGCCUUCUUAGAGUUGCUUUCAAAGGCCAGAAAUGUGCAUUAUCUCCGGCACAGGGUCCCCCCUGAGUCUGAGAGGUUGCUUAGCAUUGGGGAGGUAUUUGGGCAUGGGGAAUCCCUGGAAGGCAGGCGAGGAGUGUGAAAAUAGAGCGCCUUCUAAGUUUCUUCCUCUCUAACCAUUUAACAUAGCCUGAUAAUAACAUAUUCCAUUAUUGCUAAGGAAAUGUGCUCCUCAAAUGGCUAUAUUAAGCAAUACAGAGAAAAACAAAUAAACAUAAUUGAGUUACAAUUUUAUUUUAAACUUCCUAUUAUUUUCCGGGAAUAUAAUAUUUCUUGAAUGAACGAUGCUAAUAUAUGAAAAAGGAGGGGAGGAAUGAAUCUUCUGAAAGUGCUUUUUAAGGGAUGGGUUUAUGAUGUCAUCAACAAUAUGAAUAUAUAUUGAUGACUGGACUUGGGAAAACAGUGAGUCUUGCUUUCAGGGACUUCCGGUUUCUUCUAGGAGAUUCUCAUGGUGCCACCUGCUGGCAAAACGGCGUAGCUAUUCUCUUUUUUUAGUUUGAUACACAGUGGUGGUAGGAAUAGGAAUGCGAUUGUAAACAUGUACUGUAACAUGGUCUGCAAAGAAAACCCGCUCUUUAACCAC